AUUCCCUCCUCGGCCUGGGCCAAAACCAUAACCGAACCGGGACCAAACCCCGAUAGAGAAUCGAAUCGAAUCUAAUUGAGUCGCCGUGAGAAAGACCAAACUGUUGACCGGUUCAGAGUGUUUCCCCCAAAAAACCAAUUGAAGUGGUGGAAGCCAGAAAGACAGUCCCCAGAGCAGCCCCAGAUUGGUUUCGAUCUGCGAUCUACGAUCGGCGACCUACGACCUCCACGAUGCGCCAUCGCCGCCGCCUCAUCCAUCCGUCCAUUCCAAACAGAAACAAAAAGAAUAUACACAUAUAUAAGAACAAGUCGAUUAGAAUCGAACCCAAAAGACACGAAACCAAAAUCAGAAAGCAGACGAUGACGAUGACGAUGGACGAUGAUGAGCUGCCCGGGUCAAAAGGCCAGCCCACGUAAGAUGAUUCGAGACGUAGGCUGGCCUCUUGCGUGUUAGGUAUUUAACUCUCUGCUAAAACUAUUCACAAUUUUAACUACCAACAAUAUUAUAUAAAGAAUUGUCAAAUUCCUUAUAGCCAUUGUGAGUGUGAGAGGGUGGUUAGAGAUGAGGAGCUUGCGUUCGCUAAUUCUGAGAUGAUGUGAUGAUGAUGAUGAUGGUCGUGGCGACGAUGAGAUGAGAGAUGAGCAUGUGACGAUGAUCGAUCGAAGACGAUGACGAUACGAUGUGCUGGUCGCGCUGCGCGUUCGUUUACCAACUUUGGCUAGUGCCUCCGAACUUAGUCCUUCCCCCAAAUCCCGGUUCUUCUGGCUUACGGCUUCCGGCACCCGGCUUCCGUCUCCGGCUGAGACUACCGACUAGACAACCAACCCGUUGGAGCAGCGAGAGCAGCGUCCCGAAACGUAUUUCUUAUUUUUACAGUUCGUUUGUGCGUGAGGCGCCGAAGCCGCUGGUGCUGUUGUCCGCCCGCUGCCCGGCAAACUGCUCCAAAAUGCUCCACUCUCUGGCUCUCUGGUGCGGUGGUUCUGGCCAGCGAUGUCUGCUCUGCUCUGAUCUGACCUCCUGACUGUAUCCGGUGGUGUGGCUCCCUCUGAAACGAAACGAAUACCGCAUACCGCUACCGCUACCGCAACACUUGAAUACCUUUUUGCCAUUUAUAAUAUGAUUCUGUUGUACAUGAAAACUAAGAAACAAACAAAGUACCAAAAACCAAUACAAAACCUAACGAGGUCUGGCCGGCCAUCCAUCCGCUCAUCCGCCCGUCUGGCCACUGGUUCACUACUGGCUGCCUGGUCGAGUUAACGAUGUUCGAUCGGACUUUCGAUGAGGUCAUGAGGUGUACUUGGUGUCAUUGGCCCACAGUUACUAGGCAGACAAUCUAAACUCUCGGUGUAGAAACGAUGUGUGUGUCCUCCUCUCUCUGAAAGCGCAUUAAGAUCUGAAGGAUUACAUGCGCCAGGCUGGCGAGGUCACCUAUGCCGAUGCCCACAAGCAGCGCCGUAAUGAGGGCGUGGUCGAGUUUGCCUCGUUGUCGGACAUGAAGACGGCCAUCGAUAAGCUGGAUGAUACCGAGCUGAAUGGCCGGCGCAUCCAUCUGGUCGAGGACCGCCGUGGAGGACGCAGCGGUGGUGGCGGCGGUGGCGGACGUGGACGCUCCCGUUCGUCCAGCUCUCGCUCGCGCUCUCGCUCCCGCAGGCGUUCCCGCUCCCGCCGCUCGUCGCACUCGCGCUCCAAGUCGCGCAGCCGCUCCAAGUCCCGUGGCGGACGCUCCAAGUCCAAGUCGCCGGUCAAGUCUCGUUCUCGCUCCCGCUCGCGUUCCAACAAAUCGCGUGACGUGUCCAAGUCCAAGUCGAAGUCCCACUCCCGCACCCGCUCCCGCUCCCCCAAGCGCGAGCGCGACUCCCGUUCCCGCUCCCGUUCGGUCUCGAAGCGCGAGUCCCGCUCCCGCUCACGUUCCAAGUCCAACCGCCGCGACUCCCGCUCACGCGACCGAUCCGCAUCGGCUGACAACAAGUCGCGUUCCCGCUCGCGCUCCCGCUCGGCCUCGCCCAAGAACGGAAACGCCUCGCCGGACCGCAACAACGAGAGCAUGGACGAUUAGAUUAGUUAGCUGUCCCAUUAAUUUUAAAGCACUUGAUUUUAGACUUCUACUUUAACUAUUCUACGAACAUCAACACUCAGACACCCCUAUUUACCCUGCGCCACUAAAACCAAAACAAUUGAAAAUGAAAUCAUAUACAAAUCCACAACAAUCGGGCCUCGUCAUUUUUGGUUCCCUGGAGAUUACCACUUGCAGGUGCCGUAAGCUGAAAAAUGACAGGGACCUGGUGGAUUGAAUGGCCUCCAGGGAGUACUCUUUGCCCAUGGAUCAUGAGACAUGUACACCACACCAGAACACCUAAAAUUGUCUAUACGAUGAGUAAUUUCAAUAAAUACGGAUACAUUUAAAUUAAACAA